UCAUUUCCCGAGAAGUAUAUUCAUAUUUCCAUCAUUUUGAUAUUCGGAACCAGACGUGGUAUAUGUUUGUUUUAUACUAUUCCUUAUUGUUGGAUGUUUGAUUUCAGUUCAUAGACACUUUUAGCAUUCAUAUCGUCAUAUCGUAUCCAUUGCUCUUGCAAAACCAAAAACUUUCACAGAUAUCUACAGUUAUACUAUUCACAUUCAACAGUCAUAGAAUUUUCUACAAAACUUUCACCAAAACUCUUCACCAAAAUGUCUCGAUUCAUAACUCCAGCCAGAUGCCGGGCUAUAGCGAACCCUCUCCUAGGCAUUAGACGUUUUCAUUUUUCAGUUCCACUUCUUGUUAGAACGCCGUUGGAAGAGUACAACUUCAAAGUGGAGCAAGGAACGCUACGUGAUGAUCCAUACCAGCGGAAGAUCAUCUCCACUCUUUCGAUAUUUCAUGAGAUGUUGUCCAGCUACGAUCCCCCCAAAGUAGAAACUCCGGCCAUCAGUGAUCUCAAGCCCAAGAUAGGGAUAAGAAAGGUGUUCGGGUCGUUCUUUGGAAAGGGUAAAAACAACGGAAAUACAGAUGUAGCACUAGCAGAUGAGAAUGCAAUCAAAGGUAUUUAUUUGUAUGGCGAUGUUGGCUGUGGAAAGACCAUGUUGAUGGACUUGUUUUAUCUGACAAUUCCCAGCCAUUUGCCCAAAAAAAGGAUCCAUUUCCACCAGUUCAUGCAACAUUUGCACAAACGGUCACACCAGUUGAAAAUCGAGCAUAACCAUAACGAUCUCGACGUAAUUCCUCUUUUGGCAGCGGAAAUCGCCCAGGACUCUACUGUGCUUUGCUUUGACGAAUUCCAGGUCACAGAUGUAGCCGAUGCUAUGUUGCUCCGCAGAUUGCUUAUGGCACUUCUUAGUCCAGAUCAUGGGGUUCUCUUAUUUGCAACCUCUAAUAGAGCACCGGACGAUUUGUACUUGAACGGGAUCCAGCGUGUUUCGUUCAUUCCCUGUAUCCAGUUGAUCAAACGCCAAUGCCGUGUGAUCUAUUUGAACUCGCCUACUGACUACAGAAAGAUUCCUAAGCCUGUAUCGUCAGUAUACUACUUCCCCAAGCCAGGUGUCAAAUGGCUUUCUAAAACUAACCAGUCUAAUUGCAAGAAACAUGUGGAACAAUGGUACGAGUACUUUAAUAGCGAGAAUGAUAACCAAACCAUCUUGGAAAACCAUUCACUUGAAGUGUGGGGUAGAUCACUAAACGUUCCUCUCAGUUCUCCUCCCACCGUUGCCCAGUUCACCUUCCACGACUUGUGUGGAAAGCCUAUGGCGGCCGGAGACUACUUAAUGCUAGCUAAUUCGUACCAGUCGUUUAUUGUCACCGAUAUUCCGUACUUGAGCAUCGAUGUCAGAGAUCAGGUGCGUAGAUUCAUCACAUUCUUAGACGCUGUAUACGAUGCCCACGGUCGUUUAGCAGUGACAGCUGCUGCUCCGUUCAAGGACUUGUUUGUAGAGCCUGAAGACUUGCAAAAGGGUAACUAUAUGCUCUAUAGAAGACAGCAGGACAAGGGUGGAGUAGAAGAGACGUUUGAAGAUGACGAGUUGGUUGUGAAACAUGGGUUUGACAAGAGCAUUGCUAAGAAGGCUUCCAUGUUUGCUAACGACGAAGAGAAGUUUGCUUUUGCUCGUGCUUUGUCGAGAUUGCAGCAGAUGAGUACUACGGAUUGGAUCGAUAAUGUCCGCCCAUUGCAAUAGCCUCGUGCACUCAAUCAUUCGUUAAGAUACUAACGGAGACAUGACUAUUAGGUUAUCCAUGGUGUUUUUAUCCAAGGCUCUUAGAUGUGGAAAAUUUUAAGCCUUGAAUAGAAGUUCUUUAUUCAUUUGGUCCCUAGACCUUAGAUUUUUCUUGCAAUAUUCGUUGUUAGGUUUUGAACUACAUCAAGUACUUGAGCAUUACGGUCUUAUCAUGUUCUGAAGAUCGUUCAAUGGAUUAUUAAGCCUUGGAACCCGAGUCUACAUGUCUACUCUAGAGAACUUAACUCAAUUGUUUUGUUCUUGAGUCUUAAACACUUUAGGGUAUCAUGGCUUGCAUACUUUAGUCUUCAUUAUGACUAUUUCUACUUCAAAUGGCUGCAAUUCUCUGUACACCAUUAACCCACAAGGCAUUGGCAUACAUUGCCACGACAUCUCUCUACAGAAUCCCCGCAACUUCUCCAUGUGGGGAACUACAUAGCCCUUAGUUUAUCUUGUAGCGAAAACACAACCGAAAAGCUUCCAACGAACUCUAGGUUCACCUAGCUUUUGGGUACUAUUUAUUAGUCUUGAUACACAGCAUUGCAUCU